GUCAGCGGGUUAAAGAUGGAGCCGGCGGCCGGAGGGCGCCACGAGGUGCGGGGUGGUCCCAGGGGUAGGCUCGGGCGGACGGCCGCCCAGACCUCUCUCCGCCACCUCCCGAGACCUGCCGCGGCCCGGGGGGAGGAAGGGGCGUCAGCCGCGAACGUGUGCUGCCCUGAGCCUGCAGGAGGGACGGUGAGGUGCCCAGCAUCCCACCCGGACAGCUGGAAUCGGGGGCACUGGAGCCGACCUGCCACGGAGAUUGGCCCCAGGCGUGCCUGCAGGGCCCCCUCAGCAUCAGGACCAGACACAAAGGAUUUUCAUGUGCCCAGUGGCAGCUUUUCAAGCCUGUCUCCUUGAGAGGGGGCCCAUUCGUGUCUGAAGGGGCCUUUGGGAGGACCCUUCAUCAGUGGCUGUGCCCGGAGGGACAGUGACUUCACCCCCUGCCCUGGGGUAGAAUCCCUGGCACCCUGGGUAGGAUGAGGGGCAAUGACACCUGCUCGUCUACCUCCUAGGCCUGACCCCUUGGGGUUCCUCCACCCCAGGAUCACCUGACUCAGGCCCCCCUUGCUCCUGUGCAGACUCUAUACCCCAUGGCCAAACACGCCAUGCAGCUGUUUCCUGCCUUUGCUGGGAACUCAGGGCUCUGCUCAAAUGUCCCCUCCUAAGGAAAGUCUUCCUUGGGCUCCAGGGCGCCCAGUGUUCCUCCACCAGGGCCUGUCACAUUUCCACCUGUGGCUGAAGCCCUCUUUAGACCAGGAGCCCCUGAAAGCAGCAAACAUUUCAUUUUUGGCAGUGCUCAACACGGCAUACUUUUAAAAAUCCAAAGAAACAUAUAAAGCGUGAAGUAUUAUCAGCAUAAACAUGAAGGGGAUGUUAACCAAGGGCCUGCCUGACCUCUCAGAGGAUGCUUGUCCUGGUAUUAAAGAAGCACGUACUAUGUAUUUUAGAGUCAAGUCCUUAAGUCACAGGUGGCCGGCCAGGCAACAGAAUGGAGAUUUGGAGGCAGGUGUAUCUGAGUCUGUCUGCAGCCCUAUGCAAGAUACACAGGCCACAGCUUCUCCUUCCUUGGAGGAGGGAGACCUCAAAGUGGGAGGAAGUGAAGGCCACCUCCUGUGUUGGGAACAGCUGGGGCUGGUGGUUUGGAGGUUUGGUGGUAGGAGAUGAAAAAAAUCUCAAGAUCUUGGGGCUGACAGGAGGGGACAGGAACACAGCACUCCAGGGAGCACCCCCCCCCCGAAUCACAGACUGGAAUGGAUGGUGGUGGUGGCCCCUGGCAGGUGGGAGAGGGAAAGUGAGAAGCAGGCUGUGGAGGGGAGGAGCUGCAGUUUCUGAUGUACCGAGUGUGAGAUGCCCAGGAAACAUCCCCCCGGGGACACGUACAUGUGGGUCAGGGUCCCAGGGAACUUGGGGUUCAGUCAGUUCCGGGUUGAGACUAAGGAGCGGGUAAGAUGUCCAAGAAGGGAUGGUGAAGACCCUCCUGGAGGGGACAGAGGCUGGAGAGGAAGUCCAGAGAGAAGGUGGAAACUCCGGGGCUACAGGAUUUGUGGGCAGAGAAAAGUCUCCGGGGCAUUGACGUCCCUCAGGUCCCCCCAGACCCUGAGGAGGGGAGCAGCCAGGAUGUGAGGGGCCUGGAGGCAGCCCAGGUCCGAGGGUCUCAAAGAGAUUGCGAGAGGUGGCUGGCCAGGAGCGGGGUGGGCCUAGUCUGGGUGCAGCGGUGCGCGCCCCGUCGAAGCCUGAGGGCGCAUGCGCGGAGCGCGGGCAUUGUCACGUGCUGCCGUCCAGCUCGCGGUCUCCUGGGAGUGGCCGGAGCGGUCCGGGCGGCGGCGCGCGCGGUGGCUGGGGGACAGCGGCAGCCGAGCCGCCGAAGCCCUCGAGGAUGGAGGUCCUGGACGAGUUCGACAGCGAGUUCCCCCAGACUGUGACCUUCUGCCAGCUCAUCUCCGAGGAGGACUUUGAGACGCAGGCGGCGACCUACACGGAGCGCGCGCUGCGCCGCCUCUUCCGUAGCCUCGACCGCAACCCGGCGCUGGCCGAGCGCGUGGUGCGCAAGGGCAAGCAGGCCGAGUGCGAGCGGCGCGGGCUCCUCUCCUUCCUCUGGGCCAAGGCGUCGUGUGCGGUCCAGGGGGAGCUGAACUGCUGUAACAGCAUGGGCGCCCUGGAGAUGCACCAGCGCUUGGAACAGCUGAAGAGACGCAUCCACCGCGUGCACCUCUACUCCCAGGAUGCCAAGAAGAGGAGGAGGAGGCGGAGACCAAAGAAACCGGAACGCGUCGUCUUGCGGGACCGCUCGACCUCCCCGUGCCUGCCCCCAGCCCUGCCGCUGCCCACACCACCGCUGCCGCUUGCCACCUCCACGGCCUCCACAGCGGCCGCGCCACCCGCUGUCUACACUAUGCCCAGGGUCUUUGGCCCCUUCGCUCCGCUGCCCAGCACAUCGCUGGAGAAAGUGGAAGUUUCGAGGUCUGAAGUGAAAUUAAACUGGACUUGCCUGUCAUCAAACCCAAAGAGCCACAUGGUCGACCUGACCCCCCUGGUCCUCAAUCCCGGGGGCUUCCACUUCUCGUACCUGACCAGGAGCAGCGCGCACAAGCUCCACUUCCCCUGGACCUCAGUCUGUAGUAGCCCUGCCGCCCCCGAGGAGAUGCCGUCCUCGUCUGUGAAGGCUUCCAUCUUCACCCCGCCUGUCCUGCUCAAGUUCCAGCCUGUGCCCAGACCCAAAGAUGACUCAGAGAAUGACCCUGGCAGCACAGAGUCUGUGCCCCACCAGAGGGACCAGUCACCUCUUCUGUGCAGACCACAGCCAGAGGAUGAAUAAAUCCCCCUGCUGGUGUCUUCCCAG